AGGUAGGUAGGUGUAUAAUAUUGGCAACCGCCUACCUAAAUAAUAAACUUAACAAUGGCUUCCGCUGCUGUAGAUGCUGGCGAUCUCUUUGGCGUCAAGGGUCUUGUCGCUGUCAUAUCGGGAGGAGGGACUGGAAUUGGUCUUAUGUACGCGCAGGCUCUGGAAGCCAAUGGUGCCACUGUCUACAUAAUCGGCCGUCGCAAGGAGGUGCUAGAAAAAGCUGCGAGCACCGCUAAGCACGGAAACAUCCGCAUCAUCCAGGGCGAUGUAACUAGCAAAGCCGAUGUUGAGCGUGCCGCCGCGGAGAUCAAAUCCGCCGAGGGCUACAUCAACGUUUUGAUAGCAAACUCAGGCAUCACCGGACCUGUGACCGGUGCUAAUAUGCCCCAAAACCCGAGCGUGACGGAGUUUGUCCAGAACGUCAGAGACUGCUGGGACGAGGCCGAAUUCACGCAGACUUAUGCGGUGAAUUGUAUGGGGGUUUUCAAUACUAUCACCGCAUUCUUGGAGCUGCUCGACGAAGGGAACAAGCGUGGUAACCUGAAGCAGAAGAGCCAGGUCAUCGCCACGUCAAGCAUCAGUGGAUUCAGUCGAAUGCACCUCACGGGCUUUGGCUACAGCUCCUCCAAGGCCGGCGUCAUCCACAUGAUGAAGAUGUUUGCUUCGAACCUCGUACAGUUCAGCAUCCGGUCCAAUGUCAUCGUUCCUGGAUUCUAUCCGAGUGAAAUGACCACGUUCCUAGAGGAGGGCAACAAGGGCAAGGAAUGGCCUAAGAGCGUUGUUCCCGAGCAGCGAUUCGGGGACGGGGAAGACAUGGCUGGUGCGAUUCUCUUCCUCGUGAGCAGGGCUGGUGCUUACAUCAAUGGGAAUGUGCUUGUAACGGAUGGAGGAAGGUUGUGCGUCUUCCCAUCUUCGUAUUAGUGAGGCUUUUGAAUAUGGGUUGCCAAAAUGCAGCUAAAAUGAAAAGCAAAUGGCACAUACAUACGUAUGUUUGGGAUGGCAAUAGAUGCCUGGGGUACCAGGGGUGUGUUUUCUGCAGCUAGAGCAAAAAGUGCUUGUUCAUAGGUAGGAAGAUGAAGAUAAGCAGCCACCGGAUAUCCCCAACCAAACAACAAGCUCAUAACCUUCUCACAGUGUAUAGGUACAUAUCUUGUAUCCCACUCCUUCAUUCAACUAUCUGCUCCGUAUACUCCAUAUUUCCACCCAGGAAUAAAUGUGACUGGCUCGAUACAGAGACCUAGGUCAAUGACGUUCUUUAAUGAACGUAUUUAUAUUACAUGUGCAAGGAAAUUCCAGGUUGAAUACUUUCUAGCUUCUCGAUCAGCUCGCCAAAGAACUUCUUCUGGACCUGUUGACCCCAUUUCCCAGUGACGUGACACGAAGGGCUUCAAGAAUAAGUAAGUAUAAUAUCAACUUGUUCAGGGGUA